UGAAUGUUUCUGUGGCUUUAUUAUUUUAUUAUUCAUUUUAUUCCUACAAACAACACAUAACAUAUAAAAAUUCACUGCAAAUGACAUGGGAGCAGAAGAAAAAAACCAACUUAAAACACAACUUUCUUUAGUAAAAACAUAAACUUACAUUUGGGUUUGUGUCUGUUUACCUGAACGCACAUUUAAUUAAAAAAAAUUUAAUCAGUCAGUCGAAGUGAACUGGAAAGAGAUGAGCUUUGCCACGUGUCAGUUUAUUAUGGUGAUUAUGGUUUUCCAGCUUAAUUAUCAAAACAAAACAGACAAAAUGCUGUGGUCCUUAAAGAAGGUAUAACUGUUUAAAGAUUUAUUUUACAUAUCAAAAAUGUACAUUAAAUUGUUUUUAGAUGACCAAAUUUAGUUUGAUAAGAUUUAUAAUAAAACGUUAAGGUUGCAUCUAUGAAAGUCUAAGUAUUUCUGUGUAUCUCAAGCUGUGGUGUGGAUGUGUGAUGCUGUUAUGUUUGGUCAGCUCUGCAGUGGCAAUGUAUGCAACACCCAGAGGAUAAUAGACAAAUGGGGGAAGGGACACUACGGAGCCUCGCGAUGUGAAGCAGCUGCUCACAGUUGGAUGUCUGCUGGAGGGGUUGGGAGACUCCACAAAGGUGUGGACAUCAAGUGCAGUGACGGCUUAGAAGUCUUAGCCCGGUUUGAUGUGACAAUCGAAGGGAGCCUGAUUGUCUAUAAUGACCCCAAUAAGAAAGCUAUCGACGAGGGCAUCACACUAUCAGGAGAAGGUCAGUCCACUGCCCAUCUUGUUACUGAUUGCGUUAUUGAUCCUGGUUUUGAUUUAAUGACUGAGUGGUUGUGUUUGUGUCCUGCAGGUCUUUGUUUCAAACUUUUCUAUGUGAAGCCAAUCAAAACCUCAGGAACGGUGGUUAAGGGUGAGAAGAUUGGCACAAUGCUGCCCAUGCAGAGCGUUUACCCAGGGAUCACCUCACACAUCCACGUCCAGAUGUGCAACAGAAGUUUAGACCCCACAGAGUAUUUGCCUAACUUAUGUUUGGACAAGAGCGAAGAAUGGCUGUACCGGCAGGAUUAUUUAAGACGGUAUUACGGCUAAGAAAGAGGCUUUUGAUCAUUCUUUCCUUAACUGUGUCUGUUUUAUAUGAAAUGACUUGCACAGCUUUAACCCUUUUGAAAAUGGAGCAUUUAUUGAGCCUUUUGACAAUUAAAAAAUGUAUUAAAUAUUGAUUUGCAUAGAUCAUUGUAUGGGUUUGGUUUUUUGGCUCACCUGUUUUAAUUAUGGCUUAAAAUUUGCAUUAUAAGAGGUGUGAUUUUCUUCAGUUUAAGAGGUCAGAAUAGUAUUUACAAAGAAACACAAAAACAGUUUCCAAAACAUAUUAUUUGAGAUGCUUGUCUGCAUGUAUGCACCUUUCUGAACUCCUUCCUGGCUGAAAAACUGUAAAUAUAAUUACUUCCAUAAUUACACAGUAUGUUACCAAAAAUGAUUUACUAUUAGCUAACAGUGAGGAAAAGUGGUGGAGGAAUAUUUCAAACCAUUCCUUUAGGAACAAAAGGAACAAAAAUUUUGAAAACACUUAAGUACACUUAAACUUGUAUUAUUGGAAAAUUGCGCAUAAGAUAUCAAAGUAAAAAUAAUUAGUAUUGGUAAAUAAUAAUUAUUUUUGUUAACAUCCUGUGUCUCUGGUUUCAAAAAGUUAAUAUGAUGACCCCCAGAAAACAAAGCUCCAAACCAGUGAGUGGCAUUGAGAGCAGUUUUAAAUAAAGGGCUAAUAAGCAUCACACUGACAGGACACACAUUGUUUAAUUGGCUUUUAAUGAUGCUGAUUUGAUCCAUCAGAUGCUGCAUUAUUAACUGUUCCUUAUUUAUUCCACAGUGUAAAAAUAUCUUUUGCAUAGGUUUCUGAAAGGUUCAGUUUUCAGGCUUUAAAUGUUUCACUUUCAGUUUUCUGUGAACUCCAUGGACACAAAGUGUGACAUUAAAUCCUUAUUUAUACUUCAAAAAAGAUUAAAGAAAACGUGCUAAGCAGCGAAAAAGCGAACAUCCUGGCAGCACAGACAUCGAAAAUCAAAUUUAUAUGAAAAAAAAUGAAUGUGUCAUCAAGGGAAAAAAACAAAAACAGCCGAGUUUGAUAGCAAGGUUCACCAUCUCAUUCAUCAUUGAAGAGAGAAAAAAAAAUCAAAACAAAACCACAUGAGCAUUAGAAAAUGUAAGC